UGGCUACAUCAUCAUUUUCAGCUGCCAGGAACAGUCGGUGUCACCUAUAAACACCGACGAUCAUAACUCCCAUCUCACUGAGGAGUAUAGACUCUAGAAUAGACAUGCAGAUAGAAUGUCCGGCCUCGUUCAAGACUCUAUCCUUGGCAAUCUCAUCCGCUUCGUCUCGCGCGGGCGCUACUUCCAGUACCCCGAGGAAAAGGACCCCUCGCUAUGGCAGCAGUAUGUCAACCGGGACAAGUCGGGUCGCAUGGCAAAUACCGGCCGUAUAGAGGCCGACGAUGCUGAGGCUGCCUCUGACGAUCGCCCCGACUCCGGAUCCAUGACCAGGGUGCCCUCGUCCACGUGGUCCGACCACGGCCGGCGCGUUCAAGGCAUGACGGGGGUCACCAUCGACCCGGAAAAGGGUAGGGACACGGCCGUCGUCGACUGGUGGGGGGAUGAUGAUCCAGAGAACCCCCAAAAUUGGCCGCAAUGGAAAAAGGUCGUGGUGACGGUGGAGAUCUGCCUACUCACCUUUAGCGUCUACAUCGGAAGCGCCAUCUUCAGCGCUGGCAUCAUGUCUGUCAUGGAGCAGUUCCAGAUCAGCCAGGUGGCUGCUACCCUAGGCCUGACCCUCUUUGUGGCCGGCUACGGACUGGGGCCGCUGCUGUGGUCUCCGAUGAGCGAGGUGCCCCAGAUCGGUCGCAAUCCUGUCUACAUCGCAACUUUGAUCGUGUUUGUCGUGCUGCAAGUGCCUGUGGCAUUGGCCAGUAAUUUGGGAAUGCUGCUAGCCUUUCGCUUCCUGACUGGCUUCUUCGGCUCUCCCGCCCUAGCCACGGGCGGCGCCAGCAUCGCCGACAUGUUCCGACCUGCUAAACGGGCCUACGGCAUCGGCAUCUGGGGGAUCAGUGCAGUCUGCGGCCCCGUCGUCGGCCCUCUAGUGGGCGGGUUCGCCGCACAAGCCAAAGGCUGGACGUGGACAAUCUGGGAACUCACCUGGCUCUCCGGCUUCACCCUCGUCAUCUUAAUUAUCUUCCUCCCCGAAACCUCCUCCACCAACAUCCUGUACCGCCGCGCGCGCCGCCUCCGCCGUCUCACCCAGCGGCCAAACCUCCGCUCAGAACCCGAGAUUGCCAGCGAAGGCCUCACAGCCCGCGAACUCGCCAUGAUGACGCUCGUCCGGCCCUUGACGCUCAACUUCCUCGAGCCCAUGGUCUUCCUUUUAAAUCUCUACAUCGCCCUCAUCUACGGCCUCCUCUACGUCUGGUUCGAAUCCUUCGCCGUCGUCUUCGAAGGCAUCUACCAGUUCAACCUCGGCCAACAAGGCCUCGCCUACAUCGGUAUCCUCACCGGUGCUCUCAUCACCAUCCCUCCAUACUAUUGGUGGAUGCGCAAAUACCUCGAACCCAAAUUCGACCCUGUCACGGGAAACCUACCCCCAGAAGCCCGUCUCCCCCCUGCUAUCGUCGGCGGAUUCUUCAUCCCUAUCUGCCUCUUCUGGUUCGGAUGGAGUGCUCGUGCCUCGGUGCAUUGGAUUAUGCCGAUCAUCGGAAGUGGAUUCUUCGCCGUGGGUGCGUUUCUGCUAUUCAACCCGGUGCUGAAUUACCUCUCCGAUGCAUACCCAGUAUAUGCAGCUUCGGUUUUAGCCGGGAAUGAUCUGUUCAGGAGUGCAUUCGGCGCCGGAUUCCCGUUGUUCGCCACAGCAAUGUAUAAGAAUCUCGGUGUGGGGUGGGCCAGCUCCACGUUAGCGUUUUUGGCCAUUGUGUUUAUUCCUAUUCCAAUGGUUUUGAUGAAGUACGGUGAAACGUUGCGAAAGAAUCAUAGUCGAUAUGCAAGGAAGGAUAUUUAACCCGUCCAUCCAUCCCUCCCAUCUCCUUUCAUUUUAAUUCCCCGGAGUAUAG